CUUGACAUUGAUUAAAAAAAAAUUGACACGAAAACAAGACGUUUGCAAACGAAAGUACACUCAUCUGAACGAUUUAACGACGCAAUUCUAUUUUGCAAACUUAAGAAAAUGUCAGACUUGGCUUGUUUUCCACUCAUGCACGAUGAAUGUGUUGAAAUUUCAGUGAAAACGGUUGUUGAAGAUGAGCCACGAGGCAGACAAGUUGUUGAAAUGACUUCAUUCGAAAAACUGAUUCACACUGCCCUUGGGUUGGAAAAAGACCCACUUAAUGAACACUCCUAUGCUUUCAGUUUUCAAUGUUGUGCUAAAGAUGGGAUGGACAAAGACCAUAGUUAUUUUUCUCAAUCGUCACAGUCUGAACAAAACGUGACAGAUUCUGACCGUGAUAGAGUUCUGCCAGACCAUGUAUACUUUUCAUCAAAUCUCUCAAGAACAAGUUCUUUUAAAAAGAAGAAAAAGAAGAAUAUGCAGUUCUCUUCAAAUGACAAUUUGUUACAGUCAAGUUAUGAGGGGGAAAAGCUGACCGUUCUUCCACACUACAGAUCUAACGAUAGCGCUCUAGAUUUGACAAGUUGUGAUACAAUUUCCGAACAGUAUCUCUCUCAUGAAAAUAUAAAUGUUAGAACAAUCGAUGUUCGCACAGAGCCACGGUUAAUAUCGGGCAUAUCAGACCCAGACAUAUCUAGAAUGACAAUAGAAUCUUCUUCAUCAAUGCCAAGUAGUCCGAAUUUUAAGUUCAGCGUAGUAGAUCAUUCAUACAGUCAUGAAUCAUUGGAGAGGAGCGCAUCAAAGAUGGAUAUUGUGUCAUUAUUCCUUGACCAUCCAUACGAUUAUUGUGAAAAGAAGUCAAAUAGUUUGAAUGCCUUGGCGCAAAGUGAUAGUUUGAAAAGAGGAUUGAGUAAUGAUGACUUGAGCCUUGUGAACAAUGGACAGUUGAAAAGACAAGACUUUAAAAACUCUCCUUUUCUGGAUCACUCUUACCAAUCUAUCGAGAGACAGAGAGGAAGAAAUAACAGAGACACGGUCGCAUCUGACACAAAGCAAAUAAAUGAGAUUGACAAAUUGCAGAAAAAGAUGUUUAGUCAGUGCCUUGAUCAUACCUAUGAACAACAUCCAGGUGGAAAGAAACUACUGACUCCAAGACCGAAAGGAUCAAAAGAAACUGUACAGAUGGAAAUGGACAAUGACACAGAUCACAGUUACGUGAUUCCAUCUGAAGACUGUGAAAUGGAGGAAGAUGUUGGUUCAUCCUCUGAUUCUGGAACAGAGUCGUUAAAUGAGGAUGAUGAUGGAGAAGUCCUACCUGUGUUGGAUAGGCUUACCCACUGCAGAAGCCUUCAGAAUUUCAGAAAGGAACAUGCCUAUGUGAAGUAAAUGAUUUACAGAAUCCAUGCUAGCACUAGAAAGACAAGAGCAGCUGCUGAAGAAACAUACAGUGCCAGACUUGAAAUCUAAAGGUCUCUAAUACUACUGGACAGAAAACAAUUCAUUCGUUGGACUGAAUCAACUUCACCAGACUUGAACUUCUAUAAGACCUUAGUGAUUCAUGUGGUUCCAUUGUUUUGUGGAAUUGCAAAUAUUCAGCUUGUGAAUUUUUGAUAGUGCAGAAAUUGUAUUCAGUUUAUAAUUUAUGUAAAUUUUGAAAAAUCUGUUAUGUAAAUAUUAUAUUCCAGACAACAGAUAAUGUGAGACAAUAAUUUGAAAAUAGUCUUUGAUAUUGAUUAUUUGCAGAAAUUCAUUCUUUAUUCCAAUUCUACCUCAUUGAUAUGGCAGACAUCACAAAAAAUCGGCCUUAAGUCUUCCUCCGUACAUACAAAAUAAUGAAGACACUCGAACUAGAAACAGAAUUUGAUCAGAGUUAUAUUUUCUGAAAUCUCUGUGUUUAAUCUUUUAAUAUAACUAGAAAAGGUUGUUCACUUGACCAUUUUGUACAAGUACAAUUGACCAUUUUGGAAGUAUCAGAUCCAGACUGAUUUUCCUUGUAUUCUGCAUUAUAUAUGAUAUAGAAGAAAAAUUCUGCUUUGUGUUGAAAAGUGUCCUAUCUAUUAUUUCAAAACUGAGUGUUUUCAAAAGUCAAAACAAUUUGUAUUGUGUCAAAUUAUUUAAGAUUUCAUUAUAUGUUAUCAUGAAUAAAAUAAACCACACAAACACGUAAAGUUUAUAAAACAUGUAAAGUUUAUAAAACAUGUAAAGUUUAUAAAACAUGUAAAGUUUAUUAUCUUAAACGUUUCUGCGUAACGCAUUCAUCAGUAGAUAUAAACAAACAUUUUUUUUUUAUUAUAUAUUAUCAUCAUAUAAGUUCAUACAAUUUAAACAGAUAUCCCUAAACUUUAUUUUUAAACAUCCAAUGCGAUGAAUUUAGAAAGUAAUUGCCUCAUAAUAUCAAAGUAACUUGGUAAACACUGAUAUGUUGCUGGAAAUUUGAAAUAAACCAUAUUAAAAAUAGCUGUUAUUCUCGAGUUUCAGAGAUCGUACAAAAGGCCUUGUGUUAUUAAAAUCAAUUUGUUACAAGGGAACUUAAUUAGUAACUACGGAACUUGCAAAUCAUGUUGACCAGUAUUUGCUGUAGUUAUAAAUGAUGUAUUUAUAUGCAUUAAUUAGUGAACUUGAUAUGCUCAAUACUUUUGUGUUCGUAUUGUGAAAAAUAGUCGCAAUGUUUUGUUAUUUUGAUAAUAUUGAAGCAAUCUCAUUGGUAUGCUUUUCCAUAUAUAACUUCUACAAGCUGUGAUUAAACAAAUAAAAAGGA